UAAAAACCAUCCCUUCACUCUCCACUCUCCAUCUCCAAACUCUCCUUCUUCUACCAUUUUUCUUGAAAAUAAUACCUUAAAAAAGUAGGGAAAAAAAACACCAUGUCUCUCACUAUUCCUACAAACCUUUCAAAAUCCAUAACAACACCUAGGUUUAGCUCUCAGUUUAGCACAAAACCAAGAACUUCAACCAUUGUUUGCUCUUCAAACCAAACCCCUUCAUCUAAUUCAACAGAGGAAACUUCUUCUUCAUUAAAGGCUUUUUCUGCUGCACUUGCUUUGUCUUCUAUUCUGUUGUCAGCACCAGUACUUCCAGCUUCUGCUGACAUCUCGGGGCUCACUCCAUGCAAGGAAUCAAAGCAGUUUGCAAAGCGUGAGAAGCAACAGAUCAAGAAACUUGAGAGUUCACUCAAACUUUAUGCGCCUGAUAGUGCUCCUGCCCUUGCUAUUAAGGCCACUGUUGAGAAAACCAAGCGCAGGUUUGACAACUAUGGGAAACAAGGACUGUUGUGUGGAUCAGAUGGAUUGCCACAUUUGAUAGUGAGUGGAGACCAAAGGCACUGGGGAGAGUUUAUCACACCAGGGAUCCUCUUCUUGUACAUUGCUGGUUGGAUUGGGUGGGUUGGAAGGAGUUACUUGAUUGCUGUAAGAGAUGACAAGAAACCAACUAUGAAGGAAAUCAUUAUUGAUGUUCCUUUGGCUAACAAGCUCGUCUGGAGAGGCUUCAGCUGGCCUGUUGCUGCUUAUAGAGAGUUCUUGAAUGGAGAGCUCACUGACCCUAAUUUCUGAUUUCAUUCAUUUUCUAAAUUUUGGAGUAUUGUACUCUCACUUGUUUAUAUUUAAUGAAAGAAUGUGAAUUUCCUAUAUUAAUUA